AUGGCGGUAGCUCCGACCACGCGUUCUCAGACAGCGGCCAGCGGGCCAAGUCCCAACGCCUCGCCAACACAAAUGGCUGGGCGCCAUGAGGACCUGAGGCCUACGGGCAAGGAGCUUCGUCGUCGCUCAGCAAGACCCGGCUAUCGAGACAUGUCGGAGCGCAAAGCGUGGUUCACCUCAAAGCCCGAGCUACAGAUUGUGUCACCAACGGUUGUCAAGUGCAUUGCCUGUAACCAAAGCCUCCAGCUCGAGGGCCCGAAGAAGACGGUCAAGAACAACAAGAAGGGUGGAUUUUACCACCACAACGCCAAGAAGCAUUUCUUAACCAAGAUUCACCAGCGCAAGAUGGAGGAGUGGCGGGAAAAGAAACGGUUGGAACGUCUCGCGGCUGCUGCCAACCAGCAGAAGAGCAGCGCUAGGAUGUCCCUCGCGUACCUGUGUGAUCCAUCGCCAUUUUACAGCCCUGUCGAGCACAGCGUCGCUGCGAUGAUGGCUCAAAUGAGCCAAUUGACUCUGACCGGCUUCCAGACGUUGCCCAACGGUUCCCCGACCAACGGGCAACACAACGCGAACCUAUAUAUCUAGCCAGUCCCACACUCCGAGCGAGAUCAUCAUCCCACCCGUCGUAGACCAGUCGAUAUACAGGUUGGUUGCGUCGCCUGUUACAAGUCAUUCUUCACCGAUGGCUCUGCGUCUGCGAUGGGAGGCGAUUGUGGGUUCUGGUCAAUCUGGAUUCUCGACGACGCGUCGUCGACGACUUCCCUUGGCAUGUUUUCCUUAUGUAAUUUCGCUCUCAGUUUCAUUUCUUGCUCUCGGCCGAAGUGUCCAAUAUGCUCUUGUUGUCGCGUUUUGCUUUCGAAAUGCUUUCUUUUGUGAAUCUCUCUGUACCUAUGUCAAUAUGCCUUGAAAAUGCAUUCAUUCUCACCUUC